AGUCAUUUCUGUCGCUGCUUGCCUCUUCUGGGCCUUUUAAAUUCUGGCUUUCUCUCCAUAGUGAAACAAAAAAUUGUUGAAUCAACACAAACACUCCAUGGCUUCUCACUUCCGCCUUCCGUCUUUCUCUUCUUCUAACCAUUUCCUUUUAACAUCUUCUUCUUCUUCUUCUUCUAUCUCUCUUCACCACUUCUCCAAAUCCUCUCUGGGUGCCGUGUCGUCUGAGACUAACGACAAACAAGAGAUAAGAUGCAGAGCAAUAUCCAAACCACGAACACAAGAAUGUUCAGACAUAUUUCAGGGUAGUCUAGCAACGUUAAAGUUUCGUGAGAUUAAUGUGGAAGAUGACAUAGAAGAGGAGCAAGACAUUGGGAAGGCUUUGGUGGCAAAUGAGAUCAAGAAGAGAGUGGACACUAUCAAAUCAAUAUUGGGUUCCAUGGAAGAUGGAGAGAUAACAGUAUCUGCUUAUGACACUGCUUGGGUUGCUCUGAUAGAAGAUGUUCAUGGAACUGGUGUCCCUCAAUUUCCAUCGAGUCUAGAAUGGAUAGCGAAAAAUCAACACCCCGAUGGUUCAUGGGGUGAUAAGGAAUUAUUCUCAGCCCAUGAUCGGAUUAUUAACACGUUGGCUUGUGUUAUUGCAUUAAAAACAUGGAAUAUGCACCCUGAAAAGUGUGAGAAAGGAAUGGCAUUUUUUAGAGAGAAUCUUGGCAAGCUUCAGAACGAGAAUGUAGAGCAUAUGCCAAUUGGUUUUGAAGUAGCCUUUCCAUCACUUCUUGACAUGGCUCGUGGCUUGGACAUUGAAGUGCCGAACAAUUCCCCAAUCCUUAAUAAAAUCUUCGCAAUGAGAAACGUAAAACUCACAAGAAUACCAAGAGCUAUGAGGCAUAAAGUGCCCACAAGUCUCCUUCAUAGCUUGGAAGGGAUGUCAGGCCUUGACUGGAAAGAACUUCUAAAACUGCAGUCUCAAGACGGGUCUUUCUUGUUUUCUCCGUCAUCCACAGCCUUUGCUCUCAUGCAAACUAAGGACCAAAAUUGCCACAAUUACUUGAAUAAAGUGGUCAAGAGGUUCAAUGGGGGAGUUCCAAACGUGUAUCCAGUGGAUUUGUUCGAACAUAUUUGGGUGGUUGAUAGGCUUGAACGUCUAGGAAUAUCUCAGUAUUUUCAGCAAGAGAUCAAGGACUGUUUGAGUUAUGUUUACAGAUAUUGGACUGAAAAGGGUAUUUGUUGGGCAAGAAAUUCAAAUGUUCAAGACAUUGAUGACACGGCAAUGGGUUUCAGACUAUUAAGAUUACACGGUUACCAAGUUUCAGCCGAUGUGUUCAAGAACUUUGAGAGAAAUGGUGAAUUUUUCUGCUUUACGGGGCAGACCACACAAGCAGUGACAGGAAUGUUUAAUCUGUAUAGGGCCACACAAAUCAUGUUCCCGGGAGAGAGAAUUCUUGAGCACGGGAAGCACUUCUCUGCCAAAUUUUUGAAGGAGAAGAGAGCAGCAAAUGAGCUUGUAGAUAAAUGGAUCAUAAUGAAGAACCUGGCAGAAGAGGUUGCGUAUGCUUUGGACGUACCAUGGUAUGCAAGCCUACCUCGAGUGGAGACAAGAUUCUACAUUGAUCAAUACGGCGGUGAGAGUGACGUGUGGAUAGGCAAAACCCUUUAUAGGAUGGCAUAUGUGAACAACAAUAACUAUCUCGAGCUUGCUAAAUUAGAUUACAACAAUUGCCAGGCACUGCAUCUAAUAGAGUGGGGGAGAAUUCAAAAGUGGUACUCAGAAUCUAGAUUGGAGGAGUUUGGAAUGAACAGAAGAACGCUUCUAUUGGCCUAUUUUGUGGCAGCAGCAAGCAUAUUUGAGCCUGAAAAGUCUCGUGUGAGACUAGCGUGGGCACAAACCAGUAUCUUACUUGAGACCAUAACAUCCUAUGUUAGUGAUGCAGAAAUGAGGAAAGCUUUCAUGAAAAAAUUCAGUGACUGUCUUAACAGGCGAGACUACUCCAUUGGCUGGAGGUUGAACAGGAACAGAACAGGACAUGGACUCGCUGAGACUUUGGUUGCCACCAUAGAUCAAAUCUCGUGGGAUAUACUCGUGUCUCACGGUCAUGAAAUUGGAUAUGACAUGCAUCGCAAUUGGGAAAAGUGGCUUUCGAGUUGGCAUCGGGAAGGAGACAAAUGUAAAGGACAAGCCGAGCUUUUGGCGCAGACAAUAAACCUAUGUGGCGGGCAUUGGAUUUCCGAGGAUCAAGUGUCGGAUCCACUGUAUCAGAGUCUCCUUCAACUCACUAACAAUCUCUGCAAUAAACUUCGUUGCCACCAAAAGGACAAGGAACUUGAGAGCAGCAACAGCGGCACGAAUGUAAACAGCAUGAUCACCCAAGAAGAAGAGUCAAAAAUGCAAGAACUCGUGCAAUUGGUGCACCAAAAAUCUCCAACUGGCAUUGAUUUCAAUAUCAAGAAUACUUUCCUCACAGUGGCCAAGAGUUUUUACUAUACAGCUUUUUGUGAUUCAAGGACCGUCAACUUCCAUAUUGCCAAAGUUCUGUUUGAUGAAGUCGUUUAAAUCAUAUUGUAUUUCUUGAAUAGAUUUUAGACUCCAACUUAUCAUUGUGAAUAUUUUCCGCCUGCAAUGAUAAAAAAAAAUCAGUUGUUGCGGCUCCAUGUAUAUAUGAAACAUUCACUAGUUUUAUUAAUGGUUAAUCUUCCUUGAAAAAUCUA